AUGGAAAUCACUGCCACCAUUAACACCACCCUCCUCUUUCCCACCACUCCAAGAUCAAGAAACCCAAGCAUCAUCCCUUCCAAAAGACCAAAUCUGUUCGAUCUUUAUCCUGCUUUUUCAAACCCUAAAAAUCCCCAUAAAAAUCCAAUCUGUUUAACCCACUGUUCCACAAAACCCACAAUUUCAGAUGAUAAAGAUAACGUCAUCAAAGAUCAAGAUUCAACCAUUUCAUCCGAUUCCAACUUCAAUAUCCAAAACCCACAAAAACCCAGUUCAAACCAAGAGAAAUCUCCCCCAAAUUCUUCGAUUUCGAGAGGUUUGGUUCUUGAUUUGGGUUCAGAGGGUUCUUGGGACAGUAUCGAAAUCGGUUCUCCUGUCGUGAAGAGGUUCUUGAGCGAUGAAGAAGAGAGGUGGUACAUGUGGUAUCAUGGGCGAUCCGGUGGGAAUUUGGAUCCGGGUUCAGUCGGGUUGGCGGUGUCAAGUAAUGGGAUUCAUUGGGAAAGAGGCAAAGGGGCUGUUCAAUCUGGUAGUAAUGUGGGUUUAGUCUUGAAAUCGAGUAGUGAUUGGUGGUCUUUUGAUACAAAUGGUGUUAUGCCAGGUGAAGUUGUGAUCAUGUCUAGUUCCAAGAUCAGAGCCAGCAAUGCUGUUUAUUGGUUGUAUUACACGGGUUUUAGUAACGAAAAGAUCGAACUUUUGGACAAUUCUCUUGAAUUUAGCUUAGAAAAUCCUGAAAAUGGCGGUAAAGGGAAGGUUUGCAGGUCGUUAAUCGGUUUAGCAAUGAGUCAAGAUGGUCGGCAUUGGGCAAGAAUUGAAGGAGAGCAUCAUAGUGGAUCUUUAUUCGAUUUAGGGUCCGAAGGUGAAUGGGAUUCGAUGUUUAUUGCUUCCCCACAAGUUGUUUUUCAUGCUAGUGGUGAUCUUCGGAUGUAUUACCACUCGUUGGAUUUGGAAAAAGGGCAUUUUGGGAUUGGAAUGGCGCGAUCACGCGAUGGCAUCCGGUGGGUGAAGCUCGGGAAGAUCAUGGGGGGCGGGCGAAUUGGUAAUUUCGAUGAGUGUGGGGUGAUUAAUCCUUGUGUUGUGAGGAACAAGAAAGAUGGGGGCUAUUUGAUGGUGUAUGAAGGGGUGGGUGUGGAUGGGGAGCGGUUUAUCGGGUUGGCUCUAUCGUCAGACGGGCUAAAGGAUUGGCGUCGCGUCGAAGAUGGGCCCAUUUUGAAGCGGGCCGAAGAAAAUGGAUGUUGGGAUGAUGGAGGUGUCGGGUCACCUUGUCUUGUUCAUAUGGACGGUGAAGACGAUGAAUGGAGAUUGUAUUAUACUGGGAUAGGGAGAGACGGGCAUACAGGAAUCGGAAUGGCGGUUUCUGAAGGAAAAGACGUCAAGAAUUUUCGAAGAUGGACUGGAUUUCAUCUUUGAAAUUUAUACUUAUUUGAAUUCGGUUGUUCUGUUUUGUAAAUCCGUAAUAUAAUUAGUUGUUUGUAAUUAUAUGGUUAAUAGAUGUAUACUUUGUUGUU